AUGGACAUCUCGGUUGAAGUGCAACCCUUACUUAAACUCUGUAAGGUUCAGGCACUCGUGUGGGACCUCUCAGGUGGCCAUGUUACCGCUCAAUGUGCGUCGUCAAGACUUAAGAUCGUCGUGAACGCAAAAGAAGGCGGUGGAAGGUGCGCCCAGACGGAUCUGAUUUUCCCCGAAGACGUUGCAUUCGAUGUCGAAACCAUCACGAACCCCCAAGAAAUCAGGGUUCUCAGGGACCGGAAGGAAUUCGUACAGCCCAUGCCGUGCCUAGAACUGACGUUCACCGUGCGCUUCCACAAGUCGGCCGGCUCGGACUCAGAACAGAGGACGGAGCCCUUCGUCGAACCCGCAGUUGCCGCUGGAGUACUCUACUGCUUUGAGUGCGUCGAGUGCGCUACGGGGAUUCUCGGCGGAGGGGUCAAAUUUCGUCGAGUCGUGCCGCUGCCAUCCGAAGACUGGAAAGAGACUGUGGGUGAGUGGUUUUCUAAACAACGAGAAACUGCAAGCAGCGACGACCUUCCCGAUGCUUUCUCGCCAAAGCCGGACGAGCUGUUCACGUCCGCAGCUCACUUCGUUGUGCACGACAAAAAAGUUCGAGAAGGUGACAUCGACAACGAAGACGGAAGAGUACGUUGUGGCAUCUGUCACGUUGUGGUGGGGAGAAAGGCGACUCCAUCGUCCACGGCAUUGUUUACGACCCGCGUGACACCAACUCCUGCCAACGAGGAGGAUGGCAGCCCCAUCGAUGGCGUCGACGCGUCUCGCCUGCUGAGAGGCUUCAUCAAAGUUCGGCUGCAGCUGAACGAGGCCUGCAGGAUUAUGCUUGCUUCAGACAAGAAGGUCCUGCUGCUGUGGCUGAUGGAGACGGGCCUGCAGCACUUCUACGCCAGAGAGGUUCAGGGUAAAGAAGUACGUGUCGACCUGCAGGUGGGCAGCAAGCUGCUGUACUUGGAAACUGAUGCCUCAGACGCCCUCGUGACCACAUGGAAGACAGAUCCCACAGUUGGCCAGUACCAAAUUGAAGAGGAAGUGAUGGAGGACACGCUGUACUACAUGCGUACAUGCUGUAACUCCAUGGGCGCCACCUCCGAGCGCUUCCAUGUUAUUUUCCUGCCAGGAGUGGUGGCCCAGCCUUAGCCUCCUCUGUGUGGAUGCGUGUGUGUAGUCACUCGAUUGAAUAAAGUUUCUGCAGCUUC